GUGUUGGAUUACAAUAAAAAAAUGUCGUAAUAAAAUAGAUUUAUGGUGUCAUUUGCCAUUCUUUAGAAGAAUUGCUCAUAUGCAACUGCGGUUGAUUGCAGGUCUCUUCGCUAAUUAAAACUCAGAAAAAACCCCACUAUUUAUUAAUAUUAUUUUUAUACUUGUUCUGUGGUUGUUGUUGCUUUGUACUUUUCUUGCAUCCUCCAUUGCCUACUCACUAACGGAAUUGCGCAAACUAAAAAUAAAUUUCGAAAACAAAAAAAAUUGAAUUACGCUUGUGAUGAUUAGAAGUGAUGAUUGUCCAAGCUGAGCGUGCAAACGGAAUAUUUUCGAUCGGCGUAGAUCAGUGCGAAAGUGACAGUUGAUGGGAGAGCGUCGCGUCGAACGCAACACGGCACGGAAGACACAGCGAGGCAGCGAGUGGCGGUGGUGUGAUAAACGAAAGCAAACACAUGAAAAAAUAUAAAUAUUAACACGCAAACAAAUACAAAAACAAAAACAAAAAAAUACAAUUUGUCUAAACAAAUAAACAAUAUCAAUUUCAUAAUAACAACAAAAAUCAAGAAAAAAAUAUCAACUUACAUCUGUGUAAUUACAAUGCUGUCAUCAAUAAAAUCAUCAGCAUUGUUGUUGUUGUUGGUGUCGAUUGCAACACUGCUUUCAUUAGGCGCUGCAAUGAAGUUACGGCAUAUACACGAAACAACAACAAUAGCAACUGAGGCAGAGACGCUGCUGCCAAUAACAACAACAACAACAACAACAAAAACGGCGAAGUCAUCAAAAACAACAACAACUACGCCGAAACCGGCAACCACAGCGAAAUUAACAACAAAGAAGUUGUUGCAAAGCAGUGCGCCGAGUCAGCAGAUAGUCGAAGAUUACGAAAAAAGCGGUAAAAUUUUCUUCCCAACCAAUAACGACUCCGAUGAGAAUAGCAAAUUUGACGUUUAUGGCUUGAAGACAACACCGCCACCAAAAAAGGACGAUAAAGUCAAAAUAGAACAUAAAAUGGCCACUACUGAAGCGUCCGUUAUUGCGACGACAAAAUCCGCCACGGACGCCACCAAUUCAGUUUCGAAUUCGACAUUAAAAUCUAUUGACGACCGUUUGGGCAUACUAAAUUUGGCGCCACACUGUCCCGAUGGACAGGUGGUAGUUAAUCAGCGUUGUCAUAAAUCAGCUUAAUAACAGAGCAAAUGAGAAAGUGAAAUUAAAUACGUAAUAAUAAAUACUAGUACUAUAUGUAUAUAUAUAUGAUUUUUGAUUAAAUUUUGAAAUUAAUAUAA